CAUUGUAAAAUGUAUUUCUCUUUCUUCCGUUUUGUUAUACAAGAAAAUAAUCAUCAGUUUUAACCUAAUUACAAAAAAUUUGUGUUCGUUAAAUGAUUAGAUCGUUAUACAUAUAUAAUAUAUAUAUAUAUAUAUAUAUAUAUAUAUAUAUACACAUACAUAUAGCAUAGUUGUUUUUCUCAUAUACAUAUUUAAAAAGAUGGGAAAGAAACGAAAUAGUCAACCUCUACCGGUUACCCCAAGUCGUGUUAAAAUAGAAAUAAAAGAUGAAAUAGGAGACAGUGAUGUUCUUGUUGCAAGAGAUAGAUUAAAAGGAGCUUUACGAGAAUUAUUGCAACACACCGAUUCAGACUCAUCAGCAGAUUCAAGCGAAGAAAAUUCUUCUCAUGAGUUUAGGCAUCAUAUGAGAAAAAUAGACAACAUGUACAGGACGAAGUCUAUUCAUUUUCAACAACCAAGAAAAAUAAGGCGGCGUAGACAAAUACAAAUGGAUACAGCAUUUCAUCAUACGUAUGUGAUGAAACUAUUUGAUCGCAGUGUAGAUCUAGCUCAGUUUCAAGAAGAUACACCACUUUAUCCUAUUUGUAGAGCUUGGAUGGCUAAUCAACCAAGAAAUCCAAAUCUUAUUCCAAAAAUACGUAGUCCUAGUCCUGAAAUAGUUAGUGAAAUAAAUAAUCAAAAUAGCAACAUAUUAGAUGCAAGUGGAGAAAUACGAGAUGUUCAUUUUUUACCACCUCCUCUUCCUUGUGAAGAGGCAAUGCCAAGAAAUCGUAUACCAUCUCCAAUUAUUCCUGAAAAAGAAGAGAUUAAAUUAGAAUAUGAUGGACAAACUCUCAAUUCGCGAGAUGUAUUACUAAGAGAACACAGAAUACAUUGGAAUGCUGUUCGUAAAAAGUGGCAUCAGCAGGCGCAUAAAAAUGAACAACGUUAUGCACAAGGCCAACAAAUACUCAGUACUAUAUUUAAAAGGGCACAAUCAGAAUUUGAAUAGUAAAACAACUAGACCAUGCAUUAGUAUCUAUCAAUUACAUAAAUAUUCGUAAUAUUUGGAAGCAAACAUAUAUCUGCAACAUUAAAUGAAUCCUAUUAUUAAAAUAAUUAUAUUUCUCCUUUAUAUUAUUUGUAUAAAUAUAUAUUUUUAUCACAACAUAUUUUGAUAAUUAUGUUUGUAAUUACGUCUUAUAAGGGCUCCAUCAAACCUUAAAAACACUGAUUUUUUUAAACUCUAUACCAUGAUACAGGUCCAUUAGUCCUAAUAGACCCCUACGAUCCUGUAGUUUUACAAAAAUCGGUUUUCUUAAGAUCUAACGGAGCCCUUGUUAGUAUAAUGAGAUGUCACAAAUUUGAUCUUCAUACUUUUAUAUUGAUUUUUUUUGUUUUAAAUAUAUAUAUAAUUCAAAUGAUUGCCACGCUAAUUUAUUAUUAAUUUAGUA